CACUACAAGCAACGGUAACUGCUUGCUCGGUUUUUGACAACUAGUUGUUUGGUUAAACAGGAAUGACAGCGUUAUCUCAGUUUCGGUAUUGAUUGUUAGCCUCACGCAGCUUGGUUAGCACUAGCUCAUAUUAAUAAAAGUGACAGUUGAGCACUGCAGAGGACAACAUACUGUUAAACAUCACAAAUCAAAAUCGAGCGUAAUUCAGGCCCGUGAGACAGCUAGCAGUCGAGUUAGUUUGUUUAUGUCGUUAUGUGCAGCGACAGAUAAGUAUUGAGAUUAGCCUGGCUGUUUGGAAGCUAAGGAGCUAACAGGUUCUUCCUCGGGUCGGCGCAGGACAAAAAAGACAGAAUGGCUGAGGCUGACGACAAAUCCACCGUGCUUAACGGGAAAGGAUCAGUUCUUCAAAGUGACUCUGAAGAAAAAGAACCUGGAGAAGAUCAACAAAAUGAAGGAGAUGCCUCUGGAAGCAAUGAGGGACAAACACAGUCUUUUUCUCCAGAGGCUCCCAAAGAAGCAGGAGAGGUUUCUGGAGACAAGCCUAUGCCAGAUGUGGAAAGAAACACAGUGGCAAACAGAGAGGAAGAGGAGGAAGAGGACACAGACAGCAUGGAUGGAAGUGGUCUUUACUCCCUGACUGAGGACGGUGAAAGAGAGACUGAGGGAGGCAGACGGGAGAGAGGAAAAGAUGGUGGGAAGAGGGGCGCUAGAAAGAGGAAUAGACCUGGCGGCGGCACCAAUCACUCCACCAGCUCUGAUGAGGAUGACGAUGAAGAGGAAGAAGAACAGAAAGAUGACGAAGAUGAUGAUGAUGAUGAUGAGGCCAUGGAGGCUUGGCUGGGAGCAGAACUCAGUGACCUCCGUGGCCCUGUAUGGCGGGCAAUACCCUCGCUGCGCUCCAGGGAGAUCGGCCGGGACUCGCACCAGUUUGUGAGACGUGUGUGUGGAGCCCGCGGUCUCGUGCAGAGGCUGGAGCUCCAGGGUCGACUGGAGAAGCACACAGGCUGCGUCAACACGUUGCAUUUCAACCCCUCAGGCACACGUCUGGCUUCAGGCAGCGAUGAUCUGCGAGUGGUGAUCUGGGACUGGGCUAUCCGCCGUGCUGAGCUGGAGUUUGACAGCGGCCACAAGAGCAAUGUCUUUCAGGCAAAGUUUCUGCCUCACAGCGGAGACUCCACCUUGGCCAUGUGUGCUCGAGAUGGUCAGAUCAGAGUGGCUGAACUCUCUGCCACACAGCGCUGCAAGAACACCAAGCGAGUAGCACAGCAUAAAGGGGCAGCACACAAGCUGGCCCUUGAGCCAGAUUCCCCCUGCUCCUUUCUGUCGGCUGGAGAGGAUGCUGUUGUGUUUGGUAUUGACCUGCGCCUAGACCGUCCAGCAAAUAAACUGGUGGUUGUAAAGGAGGGUGAUAAAAAAGUAGGGCUGUACACCAUCUUCGUCAACCCAGCAAAAACACACCACUUUGCUGUGGGUGGAAGAGAUCAGUAUGUGAGGAUCUAUGACCAGAGGAAGAUUAACGAGAAUGAUAACAAUGGUGUACUGAAAAAGUUCUGUCCAUCACAUCUGGUAUCCAGCGAGUCGAAAACCAACAUAACCUGCCUCGUGUAUAGUCACGAUGGCACAGAGCUCCUGGCCAGUUACAACGACGAGGACAUCUACCUGUUUGACUCCAACCACAGUGAUGGGGCUGACUAUCGCAGGAGAUACAAGGGACACCGCAAUAAUGCUACAGUGAAGGGGGUGAACUUCUAUGGCCCGUGCAGUGAGUUUGUGGUGAGUGGCAGCGACUGCGGACACAUCUACCUGUGGGACAAGUACUCUGCUCGCAUCGUCCAGUUUAUGGAGGGAGACCGAGGAGGAGUGGUGAACUGUUUGGAGCCACAUCCCCAUCUUCCAGGUAUGGCUACCAGUGGGCUGGACCACGACAUCAAACUGUGGGCCCCCACAGCUGAAAGCCCCACAGGACUCAAGGGCCUAAAAGAGGUGAUGAAGAAAAACAAGCGGGAGCGCGACGAGGACAGCGUGCGCCACGGUGACCAGUACGACACCCAGCUGCUGUGGUUCCUGAUGAGACACAUGAGGAAUAGACGGCCCACGAGGGCCCGUCGUGAGGGUGCAGAGCCAGACUCGGAUGAGUCCUGGAGCUCUCCAGAUUCCUCUGAUGAAGAUGACGGAGGUCCAGACCAUGUCCAGUGCAUGUCCUCCUGAGCCACACACACACACACACACACACACACACACACACAUACAUACUUAGACACACACACACACACACAUAUACAUACACACACACUUUAUUGCCCUUGAAUUGAUGCACAUAGGCAAGCACUAUUGACACACUGGCAAACACUGACGAGCCACAGACUUGUUUGUUUUUUUUUGUUUUGUUUUGUUUUGUUUUACACAUACACAAACUCAAACAGAUAAACACACACAUUUACUUAAACAUAUUUUUGAAGCAGAGUGACAGUGAUGCUUAACGCCUGGUUUCCAAGCAGUUGUGUGUUUGCAAAUGACAGACAUUUCCAGAGUUCUGAUUUUGAGAAUUGUACAAAGAGAUGUAGUGAGUGCUUACAUCCCUAUAAACCACUUGGAGGACCCUGCUUGUCCAUACGUUAUCAAUGAGCUCUGCCUCGCCCCAGAACAAUGUACUGUGUGUGUAUGGCAACAAGCACCUCCUCUUUAGACACCCAGCAGGAAGCUUUACAUCACCAGCACCCCCCCACCCCCCACCCUUCUUGGUAACACACUUCUUGCUGUUGAGUUUUCUGAGCUGAUUUAAAGGGGUUUAGCAGGGAGGAAGGGUGUAGAAUGGUACCCUCAAAUCAAUCCCCUAAAUGUGACUUUCUUUUAAGAUUUGAAUCUAUAGAGGGGAACCCCAGUGCCCCUCACUGUAUAGCCCCUGUCUCAUACUCAUUCCUGGCCCUAAGCUUUUGCAGCUAGUUGCAUUGUUCAUGUUUAUGUUUUUUUUUUUCCUCUGAGGACUACUAAAAUCCCUACAUGCUGCAACACCCUACGUGCUGCCCUCAGCUUCUCCCCCACGUUUUGCAUCACCCUCCCCCUCACUAGUCAGUGCACUUUGAAUCAGGGAUGUUUUAGUUCGAGACACAGACAAAAACGUGCACUGAGUGUGUGAUUGCGGAGGAAGAGCAGUCGUCUCGUCUUGUUUCUCUCCUUGGAAAACCCACAGUUGAGUUUAGUUUCAGUCUCAUGAUUCUUUGAGUGGGGGGAUAUUUUGCACUAGAGUAUUUUGGGGGUUUUUUUGACAAAGGAUGAGGAGGUGUCUUUGCUUCCACCAGCCUUUUCCUCCUCCCUCCUCUUCUUCCACCCUCACUCUUUAAUCUGAUAAACACUUUUGACAGGAAAUUUUCACUUCGCUUCUCCUGUUGAACAUGAAGAUACAGAAUUAGAUGGUGAUGGUAGUGUUUUUUUUUUUUUUUAAGCCAGACCCGAUCUGGAUCAAACCAUAAUUGAAAGGACUGCCAAUGUGCCAAUUGAGAUUGGACUACAAGAGGACUCCACUUGUCCAUGUGGUUUCUUUUAAAAAGUCCUUCCGAGUUGCCGACAGUCUCAACUCAAUUGCUGAGUAACAUUUUUCAGUUCAGUUGAACCAGGUCGUAAUAUUUGCAGCCAGGACGCCACUUGUGAGGAAACGUCUGUCUUGUGCUGUGUUAACACUGGCUCACAGAGGAGGACAGAGGGGGCAGUAGGGUCAAUAUGCUUGCCAGUCAGUUGUUGUGUGAGAGCGAUAAAGUCCAGCUUUUCUCAUUUUCUAUGAGAACUCUAGUUAGUUGAAUUUAUAUGUACAUAUAUAAAUAUAUAUUAAAACUGUAAAAAAAAAAAUCAACUUUAGCAAAUGCUGUUUGACUUAAAGAAGAAAAAAAAAUGUCAAAACAUUUGAUUGGUAUUGUUGCAGAGGUUUAUAUUCUAUAAAAUCCAGAGAACGGCACCAUUUUGUUCAGUUUUUCCUUUUAUGAAUGACUUCUCUCUGUUAUGAACAGAACCGCUGUCAUUUCAAGUAUUAAAGUUUUGAUUCUCUUUCUUGUUCAAGACAAAAAAAAAGACCGUAUUUCCUUUCUAAAUCUUAAUCCAUCAUUUGAAACAGUUAUAUCCAGAUUUUCCCACUGGCUAUUUUUUGGCAUCUUCAGUAUAAGGCUUUUAAUGAACAAUAUCUUUUCCACCACUGCCUAAUAUUCUGUUCUAGCAGGUCAGUUGGAAAUAUGUACAAUUCGUGCAAUAAACAAAAAGACUGUGCUCUUGA